AGAGAAAGAGAGGGUAAAACAGGCUGGGGGAUAUUACUACAAGAACUAAUCAGGUGAUGAUUUGGGUAAUAUUCUUUACAUCUUUUCCCAGGCAGAUUUGUCCUCAAAUCACCACCCUUAAAUGUUCCCUUCUCCCUGACUUUGACCCCCGCUCUGCGGGCGCGACAAUUACAGAGAAGGAAGGAAAAAGAUGGAGAGAGAGAGGGAUUUGUACUGCUUUCUUUUCCAAAUAAUUCCGACUGAUCGCCAUAAUCAUGGACGACAUCAUGAUAAUGAGAGAACAGUGGGGAGAGAGAGAAAUUAUUUCAAAAGGGGAGGAGAGAGAAAGAGAGGGUGAAGAUGAAAGAGGCGGAGGAACGGGGUUGGGAUUCUGUGGAGUCCAAUUAACAUUCCUUCCGAGGUCCCACGAGCGGGAGGCACUGCUGCUUUUUCCUCUCAGGCCGCCCCACCAGUUGGACUAAAAAAAGGAGGAGAUAAUCUCUCUUUCUUUCUCUCUCUAGGCUUAGGGUUUGUAAGUUUUUCCUUCCCCCCUGGCCGGCCGCUUUCCGACCUCCUCAACUUCCCACCGUCCUUCCCUGCCACCUCCCUCCCUCCCUCCUUCCGCCACGGUUCCAUCGAGACAGGAGUCAAUCAGCAGCCUACACGAUCGACCCAAUCUCGCUUUCCUCUUCUUCAGGGCCACAGCAAAAUAAAAUAACUGCAGAAACAGAAGAAUUAGUGGAAGAGAGAGGUCGGACAAAGGAGGCCCCCAUGACCCCUCUCUCUCUUUCUCUUUCUCCUGAAGUUCUUCGUUUCCUCUGAGGAGGUGGGGAGGGGACUACAGAAAGAGAGAGAGAGAGGGAGAUCCACCUCCGCAAUGGGCUGUUGCUGCUCUUCCCACGCUCUGGUGGCUACCAACAUGAAUCAUGUGCGGAUAAAACGGCGGUGGUGACCCAGAAAAAGGGGAGAGGAGCGAGAGAGGCACAAGAGGAGAGGCUGCCGGCUUAGAAUAGUUGCUGCCAUAAGAGGCGAAGAUAACCAAAAACGGAGAAAAGGUGGUGGCGUCCCUUAAUCUCGUCCUCAUCUUCUGCUUCAACUUGUUGGCAGCACUUAAUUGCGUCGAGGGAGACCGGGGGUUAGUAUCAAGUGGUGGAGAAGAAGAAGAAGAAAGGAAGAAGACGGCACAAGGACGACGACAAAAGACAUAGAUAGAUAGGUAGAUAGAUAUACAAAAAAUAUAUAUAUAUAGAAAUAUAAUAGAGGGGGAGAAUAGAAAGAGAGUCGGGAGGGCUAGGGAGCCGUCGGAAAAGAGAAGUAUAUCAGGAGUGCUCCGACACCAUCAGGCCCAGCAGCAGCAGGCCCCCCGGCCGGUUUAUGGGCUCCAUAGGCGGCCCAGGUUCCAAGCGCAUCGAUUCAUCUCCGGCAGCCAUGUCUUCUACCAACAAGUCACAGGCAGCAACAUCAACGAAGGAAUCGCCGUCGAACGCCAUAGGAGGAGGAGACGGCGGCGGCGGAGGAGGAGGGGCGAUGGUCCUCCAUGAUGCCAACAAAAAGGCAGCAGUGAAGCGGUCCUCCAAGGACAGACACACGAAGGUGGACGGGCGGGGGAGGCGCAUUCGCAUGCCGGCCACGUGCGCCGCCAGAGUUUUCCAGCUCACGCGCGAGUUGGGCCACAAGUCCGACGGCGAGACCAUUGAGUGGCUGCUCCAGCAGGCGGAGCCAGCCAUCAUCGCCUCCACCGGAACCGGCACUAUCCCCGCCAACUUCUCGACCCUCAACGUCUCCCUCCGCAGCUCAGGCUCUACCCUCUCCGCUCCUUCGUCGAAGCCCCAGCCCCCUUCUUUCCACAGCGCCCUUGCGUUGGCGCACCACCACGCGCGCACUGCCGCAGCCGCCGCAGCCGACUGGGAGCGGUCGGAAGAGGCUGCUCGCAGCGUUGAUUCCGGCGCAGGGCUUAGCCAUGCCACCAUGCUCGGGUUCCAGCAGGAGAAUUUGGUCCUGGGAGGGGAUCACAUGGGAGAUCAGGGCCUGAGUGUUGCGAGUGGCGGCGACUACGCAGGGGACAGCCACCUGAGGAAGAGGUUCAGGGAGGAUCUUUUCAAGGACGACGGUGCCGAAGCCUCUAAGCCCUUGAGGAUCAUGACUGAUCAUCAACAGCAGCAGCAACAUCAACAGCAGCAAUCAAGCCAGGAACCAUCCACCUCCUCCGCCGCUGCUGCAGCUGCCAUGGUCAGGCCUUCUAGCGUCAUGCCGGCGACCGCCAUGUGGGCAGUAGCCCCAGCUCCUGGUUUGUCCACCAGUGGACAGCACAUGCCUGGAACCAUAUGGAUGCUUCCGGUCACCGCUGGCUCCAAUACCCCAGGCGUCAUGGGACCUGGACCUUCAGAACCCAUCUGGACCUUCCCUUCAGCCGGUCCGAGCGGCGCCGCCGCAAUGUACAGGAUGCCUGCGGGCGCUUCCAUCCAUCUAGGCGCUUCCGGCUCGGUUCAAACAGGGAGCGGCCACACCAUUCAGGCCCCUCUGCAAUUUAUGCCUCGGAUCAAUCUCUCCGGCGGCCUCGAGUUCCAGGGUAGUAGAGUGGGUCCAGUUCCAUUGGGCUCCAUGGUUCUGCAGCAGCAGUCUCCUGGUGGGUCUCAACAUCUGGGGUUGGGGAUCUCGGACACAAACCUUGGAAUGCUGGCUGCCCUUAAUGCCUACAGCAGAGGAGGAACGGGAGGAGGAGCUGGAGGAGGAGGAAGCGGAGGCACCGGUGGUGGCAGCGGCAGCGGUGGUGGUCGAAGUUCGAUCAAUUCUGAACAGCACCAACAUCAGGGUAUGGGUUCUAACGUCCACCAGCAGCAAGCUGGGGAAAACAGUGACGAAAAUCCAACGAGUUCUCAGUAGAUGGCUCAUUUCUCCAACCGAACAGAUGGCACUACGCAAGUGGCCGGAGAAAGAGGUGCAGAGUCUAUCGUUUCGUGAUGCCACAUAGAUCUCGAGGGCAGAAUGCCAGGAGACUGCCGUUUCGAGCAAUCGCUACUGCCGAAGCUUCCUCGUGGAGACUCUCAUCUUUCUCCAUCUGUGAGAUAGCGAAGCGACUGACCAACAUUUAUAAAGUGAAAAAUGUAAAAGAGAUUGAGUAGUGAAUGAAAGAUCAGAAAGAGAGUGAAGGUCGCCACCAUCUCCGGCAUGCAUCUAGCAACCAGGCAACCAUGGCUUUCUGGGUUUUGCAUUUUUGCUUUCUUAGGAGAGUGCUGUAAUUGUUUUCAGCUGUCAAAUAUCGAUUGUUGGAGCUGCAGGAGUCACAAGUGCGUGCCCCUAAUUCUCGCCAGAGUUUGAUGAACCCCAGGUAAUGCACGCACGGACAUUGAUCCUCCCAGCUAUCCGUUUGCCGUUUUCCUUCCCUUUUCAAAAACUUUUACAGUCCAGAAGGAGCUUAUUGUUUGCUGGUCCAAAGGACUAUUGUUGUCAAACAGAUUUGUAUAGUGAAUUUGAUUGUGUACUAGUAAUUCUUUUUCUU